AUGGAUGCUCAAUUAGAUGCCCCAACUGCCAGUGUGAAGGAGAUGGUCGAUUUUGUGGACAUUCUUCAUCCAGGAAGCAUGCACACUUUGCCGGAGGUCAACGGGGGAAUGAAAAAGCACAAACUCCUUAGGGAAGAUAUUCUUCCAGCAAUGGCUACUAACAGAAAAGUUCAGCGGUUGCUCAAUGAGUUUAUGGAUCUCCUCUCUGAAUAUGAAAUAACAGAAACAAAUCAAGAACAAAAUCAGCUUACACCUGCAAUAGCAACGGUGCCAGAACCAGGUCAAAUGGACUCCACCAUUCGUAUGACUGAACAAAUGAAUUUGGCACCACCAGCAACAAAUCUAACAGACUGCAAUCUGCCAGCAACAGAUGAAAUUCCAUCUGCGAUGCCAACCAUAGAUCAAAUGGAUUGUACCACACGAGCAACUGAUCCAGUGGGUUCUGCCUUGCAAACAACAGAUCAAACACAAUACAACCCGCUAAUCACAGAUCAAGUGAAUUUGGAACCAACAGAUAAACUGAAUCUGGUGCCACCUGCAAAGGAGUGCUCGGCUUCCAUCCUGUAA